UUUUAAAUAUCUAAAAAUUAAUAUGCUAUUAAUAAGACUUUAUAGCCAAUAUCUUAUUUUAUUUAAAAAAAAAUAGAAUUGUGCUAGUUGUUUUUAAACAAAAUUAAUUUAAGUUUGUUAUUUUAAAAUAAAAAUGUAGGUCAAUCAAUAUCAAAAGUUUACGACUUGAAUCUUUAUUAUGCAAUUUUAAAAUAAUAUAUCAUGUUUUGGUUGGCGUAACGACUUUCAUAUUACGUCAAUUACCGUUUAAACAAAACUAAAUGAAUUAUAAUAUGUAUUAUAGUUUAAAGAUAAACUAAUUUUUAGUUUCGGUUUAAACACCAAAAUAAAAUAAUUUAUAUAAGAUAAUAUUUUCAAAAGGUUGAUUGCAUAAUAAAAAUAUGAUAAGCUAUGUGGAAUACAAAUUAAAUUAAAAUAUAUAUUAAUAUAAGAAUAAUAAUUACUAAUAAAUACAUAAAUUUAAAAUUAUUUUAUGACAAAAUAUAGAUAAAUAUAUUUUCAAAAAUUUCAAUUUUCGUACAAUAUAUUUGCAGUAUUGUCCCUUAUUCGAGUUAUAUAAUCUCUUUAUUUUUUUAUAAUCAAGGAGUGUCAGGCGAGCGGAGACCCAAUUGACGAGUCCGAUGGGGGUUUGAUUAUCAGUGCCAGUCAGACCCGGUUGCUCGCAAAGGGAGUUAGACACCGCUGUCGCUUGGCUACACGGAUGGGUAAACCUUUGUUGGCCCAGAUUCAAAUCGAGGUCCCUUAAGGACACUGAAACACUAUGCACCACCAGCCGAGACCCGCGUGGCAGGUAACCGUGGACUCUGGGACGUUACGGAAAGGACCUGCCCCCUAAGCCAUUUGUGGAUUGGUUCAAUACAUACCAUUAUUGUUUAUUUAAGUUUAAAUUAGGUCCUGAAUAUUUCUAGAAAUUAUGGAUUAAAAGAAAACCCAUGUGAUUAUGUGAGUACACCUAAUACGUACCAGGCGACAAAGAAGUCAAACUUUCACAUGUUAAGUCUUCUGUUGAUCAUUAUAAAAUAAGAAAAGCCAUUUGUUAUAUGAUUUCAAAGAUGUAUUGUUCGUUCGUUCAAAGAGUUUCAUGGAAGAAUUGGAACAACUUGUCUCUUCAAAGGUGUUAGAGCUAUUUGAAAAUGAGAAGUCUCUCUUGGGAGUAUAUUUUAACUUUUGGAAUUAUUCGCUUACUUAUAGUUGUCUUUUUUAUUAGAGUUUAGUAUAGUUUUCAGUCCGGCGGUAUUUAGAUGAAUGAUUUGUUUUACAAUAUUCUUUGAUAUGCAUCUAACUAGACUAUUUACAGUGGUAUUUUGAAUAAAUGUUAAAAUAUUUAAACUUAUAGUGAUCAUGUUGAAUGCGAAAUAGUAGAUUAUUUAGAGGUGAAUAAAGAGUAGAUAGGGAUAAUCAGUGCCAAAUAACAUGGUCUCAAGAUUCAUAAUAUUCUAUUCUAAUGAAUUGAAAUCAGUUACUUUAUAACAUAUUAAUUUAUUUUUAUUUUACGAAAACAUCAUUUAUAUUUUAUAAAUAAAGAUUAUGUUCAUUUAGUUUAGACAUACAAGUACUUUUCUAAUUAUUUUUAUUAGCUUUAAUAAAUUACUUUUUAUAUAUUCAAAUAGUUUUAGCAAGCUGGAUCCAAUAAUAUUUUCUAGAAAUUAACGUGCUACUAAUUAUUUUUAAGUUAUUAAUCAGUAAGAUAAAGUGUUGAAUUUUAUAUUCACUUAAUAGUUGGAUAUGUACAAUUGCGAUUUCACUACUUCAGAGAGAUUGUUUUCAUCUUCAUUUGAUAAUAGAAGGGAAGUGUGUAUGCAAAUACAUGAAGUGGAAGAAAAUGAAGCCAGAUGAUUACCACAGUCAAUAAGAGGGUUUUUCAGAAUUUUGAUAGAAAAACCAACAAAACUUAUUAUCUCCCGCAGAGAAAACGUGGAAGCAAUGAUGUAACAUAUAGAUUGUGCCUCUUGAUUUAUCAAGUGAUAAAAAGUGUUGAAUCAUGAUGGAUGAUAAACGAACACAAGAUAAUAUAAAAUCGAAAACAAUAAUAAAAAAAUUAGUGAAUCAUUAUAUCCUGUAAAAGAGUUAGGAAACAUCAUGUUAUUGGUUUUCUAUUAUUAUGUUCAUCUUAAAAAUGUAUUGUUGUAUGCUUUGAUUCUGAUACUCUGCUAAACCUCUUUUCAUAUUAAUAAAAUUAACACUAGUAGAAAUCUACUGCAUAGCCACGGAAGUGCCACUACAGAACCGUGGCUAUAAUAAAAUAAGCCACGAAAUUGCUACGCAAGGGCCACGAAAAGAUAUAGCCACGGUAAACGCAAAAAAGAGCCACGAACUUGUCACGAAAACAAAACGUGGCUAAAAAAGCCACGGUACAGCAACGAAUAUAACGUGGAAGUUAAAAUAGCCACGAAAUAGCCACUUUAAAGCGUCGUGGCUACGUCUUGUUUUUUUGUGCCGACAUCAAAACGCCUGUGUUUUAUGCAACAGUGUACAUGGCCACGCUUUUUUCAUGGCUGUAUCAUGGCUAAAUUAACUUUUGCAGACCGAAACAGAGAAAGAUUCGUUCGGAAGUGAUAUUUUUUUUAUAGUCACGAAUUUUAAGUGGCUGUGGCGUGGCUAUGUCAAACAUAUAUUCACUUCCCGUAUGAGACAUUUAGAAGUUUUGUUCUUCAACCAAAUUUUCUAAAAUGUCUUUCUACUUUGAUUCAAGAGAGUGGAUGGAUCAAAGGAUUGAUCCUCAGAGUAAUUCUGUUUCAGAAGUGUUUCUUGGAGGCAUCAAUGCAUUUCUUCAAUUUGCGUGUAAUCAAGCCAAUUAUGAAGAGCGGCAAACAUUAUUGUGUCCGUGUACUCGAUGCAAAAAUGUGAAGCAACGAGAUGCAAAAGUUGUUUCAAGACAUCUAUUCUUAUACGGUUUUAAGGGAAAUUAUUAUGUUUGGACAAGUCAUGGAGAGAAAUUCUACACUGUUGGUGAGAGUUCUGGAGCGAAUCAUUCAACGGGUGAAGAAGAAAUGUGGGAAAAUCCUACUUGGAAUGCUCAUGAAGAUCACUACCAGGAUAAUUUAGAAGUACCAGCGGACAUUGCGCCACCAUACAUACCAGCGGACAUUGCACCACCAGCAGAGACGGAUGUGGCAGAGCCAUAUCGUGACAAUGUUUUUGAAGCAUUUGAAGCUGCCAGUCAACCUCUCUACGAAGGGUGUGCAGACGGAAUAAGUCAGUUGUCUCUUGCUUCGCGGAUGUUGAAAAUGAAGACGGAUUAUAAUUUGGCGGAAACUUGUGUAGAUGAGAUAUCUGAAGUAUUUAAAACAAUGCUUCCGCAGCCGAAUAAUGCUCCAGCAACAUACUACGAGACAAAGAAACUGACACGAGGGCUUGGUUUACCCGUUCAGAAGAUUGAUGUUUGUGUGAAGAAUUGUAUGCUAUUUUGGAAAGAAGAUGCGAAGUUGGUUAGUUGUAGGUUUUGUGGAGAAGAUCGCUACUAUCCGAACAAUGGAAAAGGAAAAAACAAGCCAAAGCAGAGAAUGUUGUACAUGCCUAUUGCAGAUCGUCUGAAACGUCUAUACCAACUUGAGGCGACAGCUUCCAUUAUGCGGUGGCAUAAGGAACAUGUGACUCCGGAAGGCGAAAUGCAUCACCCAUCUGAUGCUAUAGCGUGGAAACAUUUUAAUGAGGUAUAUCCUGGAUUUGCUGCUGAAAGCCGGAAUAUUUAUCUAUGCUUAUCGACCGAUGGAUUUAAUCCGAUUGGUAUGAAUGGGGAAGCACAUUCCCUUUGGCCCGUUAUUGUAACUCCAUACAAUUUACCGCCGGGAAUGUGUAUGAAAAGAGAAUUCCUUUACCUUUCGGUGCUAAUUCAUGGACCCAAACACCCAAGGAAAAGCUUAGAUAUUUACCUUCAACCAUUGAUUGAAGAAUUACAGAUGUUGUGGAGGGAUGGUGUGGAGGCAUAUGAUAUUUCAAUGAAAGAAAGAUUCAAAAUGCGAGCAGUUUUGAUGUGGACGAUAAGCGAUUUUCCAGCUUAUGGAAUGCUUUCAGAUCAUCCUUACCGGAAAAACACUCAAGCAUUUAGACGGGGAAAAACAGUUUUAGAUCCUCCUCCACCAUGGUUGACCGGAGAAGAAAUAUUGCGUGAAAGGAUAAAUAAUAUCGAAGGUUUAUCAUCAUCUGUGGAAUGUGGAGGGAAUGGACAUGAUAACCCAUCCAAGAUAAUAUCUGGAUAUGGAGUUACUUACAAUUGGGUAAAGAAGAGCAUCUUCUGGGAGUUACCGUAUUGGGAAAAUCAUCUUCUUCGGCAUAGCCUUGAUUUCAUGCAUAUUGAGAAAAACUUCUUCGACAACCUGACGAACACAUUGUUAAAUGCUCCUGGAAAGACGAAAGACAACAUCAAAAGCAGAUUGGAUCUUCCAGGACUAUGCAAAAGGUGGGAUUUAGAGAUGAAAGAGGAUGGAACGAUGCCUGUGCCAAUAUUCAGGCUGCCUAAUGCGGGAAAACGAGCAUUUCUUCUCUGGUUGAAAAAUGACAUAAAAUUUCCCGAUGGAUACGCCUCGAAAUUUAGUCGAUAUAUUGCCCUCUUCUUCCGAGAUAUCUCUUCGAAGAUUUUGAAAGAGUCAUAUGUUGGCCUAUUAAAGGCAAAUGUCGGUGUGAAGCUUUGUAACUUGGAAAAAAUAUUUCUUCCAUCGUUCUUCGAUGUUAUGGAACAUCUUCUUGUGCACCUCCCAGAUGAAGUAGCCUUAGGUGGUCCUGUCCAUUUUAGGUGGAUGUAUGUAUUUGAGAGAUACAUGUAUCAUUUGAAGCAGAUGGUCAAAAACAAAGCACAUAUUGCAGGUUCAAUAGUUGCACAAUGGAUAAAUGAGGAGAUUUCUAAUGCUUCCUCAAAUUUUUUUGGGCAUCCUGAAAUCAUGAGCAUUCCAGAAGGUCCGAAUGAUAUUCGUUUCACAUACAAUUAUCCGGAUGUACCCCCCUUGUUUUACCAUGAAGGGAGAAUUAGUGGUCAAUGCUCAACUGGUUGGUUGAAUGAUGAAGAUAACACUAUUCUUCAGACAUUUAUGAUGCUCAACUGUGAAACAUUUGCUCCAUAUGAAAGGAUGUUUGAAGAAUAUAUGACGUUAAAUGUUCCUGAUAUUACUCCAGUUGCAAUGCAAAAAGCGAAAGACACCAAAUUUGCUGAUUGGUGCAAGGACUACAUUAAUGAUGCGACUCAGUUUUACACAUUUCCUAUAUGGAUGUUGGAUUUUGUACAAGGUCCAAGGCGUAGUUACAGGUCUUGGCCAAUAUACCACACACGUGGAUACACUUUCCACACUCAUAACCAUGGUCAAAAUAAGAGAACUCAACAUUAUGGUGUAUGUGUACCUGGAACCAACGAGACAGACUACUAUGGUCUUGUACAAGAGAUCAUGAUGGUAGAGUAUCAUGGUGAUGUUGGCUUGAAAGUCAUGGUUUUUAAAUGUUCGUGGUUUGACAAGACAACAAAUCGCGGUAUGAGAAUACAUCCAUUUGGUCUUGUUGAUGUCUCACCACGAAGACAAUAUGCAAAAUAUGAUCCUUUUGUAUUACCAGGUAAUUGUGAUCAAGCAUGUUUUAUUUCUUAUCCACGGGUACGUCGACAGUCAGUCGAUGAUUGGUGGGCAUGCGCAAAAAUUAUUCCCCGAGGAAUCUGUGAAACACCAGAAAUUGCGUUAACGGCAUGGCAAGAUGAUAGACGUGAUCAAGUUGCUGAAAGUUCAUUGUUACGGGUGGAGACACAUGUUGUUGAUGAUGUGUCUGAUUAUGAUAUUGCUCCGGUGAAUCCUCCAAACGAUGAAUAUGUAUCUGAUGGUGAUGUAGAAGCAGACCGUGAUUCAGAUGAUGAUUCAGAAUAG